AUUAGGAAUGCCCGGGCCUUCCCGGCUCUAUAUCAUAGGAGCCUUUUUCCUGGGUGUUGUACUCACUGGUGCAUGGAGCAAUCGGCCUUCCAAGCAAAAAAUCAGAAAACGACAGCUGGAACGACUCGCGCAAUUAGACAGCAAUGGCGAUAUUAAGGAGGGCAUUGAAGGGUGCAUCGGGAAGACUCCAUUGAUCAAGAUCAAAUCUCUUUCCGAAGCGACCGGAUGUGAAAUACUCGCAAAAGCAGAGUUUCUCAAUGGCGCCGGCAAUAGUCCAAAGGAUAGGGUGGCAUUGAGCAUCAUCGAAACAGCAGAAGAACAAGGGCUCUUGACUCCUCAUUCCGGAGACACCAUCUACGAGGGUACUGUCGGGAGCACGGGGAUCUCACUGGCUGCCAUAUGUAGGGCCCGAGGAUACAAGGCCCACAUUUGCAUGCCGGACGACAUGGCAGUGGAAAAGUCGGAUCUCCUUUUGAAGCUAGGUGCAGAAGUGGAACGGGUACGACCAGCGCCGAUCGUGGACCAGAAACAGUUCGUCAAUCUUGCCCGUACAAGAGCUGCCGAGCACACCGCAGACCUUAGUAAAUCAGGAAGAGGGCUUUUUGCCGACCAAUUCGAAACGGAGGCCAACUGGCGUGCUCACUUCACUGGAACUGGCCCUGAGAUCUAUGACCAAACGAGCGGCUGCCUUGAUGCAUUUGUUAGUGGGGCAGGAACGGGCGGCACCAUAUCUGGUGUCGCAUUGUUCUUAAAGCAGAGACUUCCACAUGUGCAAGUGGUGCUUGCGGAUCCUCCGGGGAGUGGCUUGUACAAUCGUGUAAAGUUUGGAGUCAUGUUUGAUAGUAAAGAAAGAGAAGGGACGCGCCGAAGACAGCAGGUUGACACGAUUGUGGAAGGAAUUGGAAUCAAUCGGCAAACCCGCAAUUUUGAGGUCGGAAGGGAGCUGAUAGACGACGCUAUCCGAGUGAAUGAUGACCAAGCCAAAGCCAUGGCCCGGUGGUUAGUGAAACAUGAUGGGAUCUUUGUAGGCAGCAGCAGCGCCGUAAAUUGUGUGGCUGCAACAAAACUCGCAAAAUCACUCGGUCCGGGCCACCGUAUCGUCACGCUCUUGUGUGAUAGUGGCGUCAGGCACCUAAGCAAGUUCUGGGCAAAUACCGAAUCUAUUGAAGAUAUCGAGAGUGAUCUGGAUCUGGACGAGGUCCUCAAUCCAUGAUCCCGAUCUCUUGUUUUAGAUGCCAACGCGUUCGCUAUGCUGAAUUGAGCUCAUCGAUGCCGAUGCCCUUCUUCGCGAAAGGAGUUUUUACGGCCACAAACUACUCCUCCUUUUCUGGUGAAAGCAGUUUCCAACGAGAACAUGAAGGACCAACAAACAAUGUAUUUCGAUUCCAAGGUAUUUCACAGUUCAUAGUGACACUAUUCGGGCCGAAAUCCUUCACAAUGCAACAAUAAACGUAGAAGAGAUUAUUUUAGCAUGGAUCAGAAGACAAUGGGCUUUUGGCAAACAAAAUAGAACGCCCUUCGCGGCGAUAUAUGACGAACAUUUGUUUCAGC